GGCAUUUAUAUUAUUUUUAUUCAUAAUAUCUUAUUAUAAUAAUUAUUACCAUAACGAUGUUAACGAUAAUGGAUAUUCUUCAGAAAUUCCAUUUGUUGAUAAUUCAGUACAGAAUAUGACAUGUCCGCAUUAUAAAAUAGCAUUGUUUAUUUUUUCACAAAUGGAACAAGUUGACAAACGUAUGCUAAUGAGGGAAGAAUUAUUUGGUAUCACAGAUAAUUUAAUUCCUUGCAUGAAACAAGACACAACUGAAAUUUUUUAUAGAUUCUUGGCAAAUAAAUCAAAGAAAAUUGAUAUGAGUAUUCUACAUUCGUAUACGGCCGAAAAAAUGGAGUUUAAUGAUAUUAUUGAAAUUGAUAUUCAACAUAGUGAUGACCUACACCAUUAUUUACUGGAAAACGCUAAAUCGUUACAAGAAGAAUGUACAACAUUUGAUCAUUUAGUAAUAAUAGACACAUUUACUAUGAUAAAUCUCGAAAAAAUCAAAAAUAAAAUUUCAACUUCGACACUAGUAACGGAUACACAAAAAUUGGUUUGGGGGUCAUUCAAUUCUAACAGAACGGAAAACAUGGCAGUAAUAAUAGGGGCAUCAGCAAUACAACCAAUUCUCGAUAAUUUGAAAUUUAAAUUAAACCACACAAGUAUUUUAUCAAGUCUAUACCUUUAUCAUAAGAAAUAUCCAAACAAAAAAAUUCCGAGCGAUUUGAUUUUUAUUAAUGAUCCAAUAAGUAUAAUAGAAUGGCCAAAUACAAUAACUAGUAUUGAGUGUGCUGAUUGUGUUGUUGCAAUUGGUCAUAUUUAUCAAGAUGUGGAAAUUAAACAAAUUAAAAAUGAACUUAAUAUUCCAACAACACUUCCUUGUAAUGCUCGCUCUGAUCUUAAAAUGUACUCAAAGGAGACAGCAUCCAAAUUUAGACCAAAUGUAGCUGUAGUAACAAGUAGUUUCUUAUAUAAAGAUAAUUGUAUGUUAGAAGCUGGAUUUCUUUCUGCAAAGAAUAAACGGGAAUAUGCCGAAAUGCAUGGUUACGCAUUCGUGUCUCGUUCAGCUGAAUUUGCACAACAACUUUAUCAUGAUAGAAAACCAGUUUGGGGUAAAAUUGAUGCCAUAGAAAAACUUUUGCCCUAUUAUGAAUGGUUAAUAUGGCUUGAUAUGGACGCUAUUUUCGUUAAUAGAUCUCUUACUGUUGAACGCUUUUUGGAAAUGUGCGAAGAAAAAGUUGGCGGAAAGGAAGAGUUUGAAAAAAUUAAUAUUAUUGUAGCCAGACCUAUUAAUGAUAAAAUGAUUAAUGCUGGUGUUUUCUUAAUUAAAAAUUCCGCUUGGACUAGAGAUCUUCUUAGACGUGGAAUACAACCUAGAUAUGAUUUCUCUUACACUGGUAGUUUAGAACAGGAAGCCAUGCGUGAUGCUAUUAGACAUCCAUACUGGAGAAAAAAUGUUUUGAAUUUGGAAUAUGAUGAUCAUUCAUUAAAUACUUUCCCUGAUAGAUAUGUUCGUGGUGAUUUUAUUGUACAUUAUGCACCUAUAGGUGGUUGUCCUGCUGCUCCUGUACUUAGGGGUUUAUCAAAUGUUAAAGUGUUAGAGGAAUUUCCUAAUGCUGAAAUCUCAAUUCCAUUUUAA